AUGGGAAAGCACAUCUUGCUGCUCCUGCUGGGCCUCUCCUUGCUGGCAAGCUCCCUGCAAGCGUUGACAUGUUUUGAGUGUGCUAGGCUCAAUUCUCAGGGGAUUUGUGAGAAAGGAGAAAGAUGCUGUAAGGCGAAACCUGGUGAGAAGUGUGCCUUACUCCUAAAUGUUAAAGGUGGCAGAAUCCAGUUUGGAGUCCAAAGAUGUGCUGAUAUUUGCUUCAGUGGGACUGUUCUAAAUGGAAAUAGCACAGUAAAAAUGAGUUGUUGUGAUGACAAAUCUUUCUGCAAUAAGCUAUAUGCCUGAUCCUUUGUACUGUUAUACUUUAGGUGAGCCUGACUACCUCCCUGUGUUUCUGUAGCCUCCUAAUGCUGGGAAGUCUACUCUCAGCACCUCUUAAUCCUGACACCUGCAUGUACUUACCAUCAGCUGUUGAUAUCUCAGCAGAGCAACAAGCUAGAGUGAUGUUUCCUGCUUCUCACCACUCCUGGUGCUCCCCCUUUCUCAUAUCAUAGUUUCCUUUCCUUUC